AUGAGUACAGAAAUAUUAUUGCUUUGCCAUGAUAAUGUUAGCAGUAGUGGAGAAGAAGAAGAUGUAGAAAAGUUAACGAGAUGUUCAAAAAGUGCCAAGCCAUAUGUUUUCAAGCUUCAAAGCAAGCAACAAAAGAGGCCUUCUCAAACAUUGCUCAACAGCCAGUCACAAGAAUCAAGUGGAAUUCCUCAAGACGUAGCUAAGCUUCUGGACAAUCAAAAUUCAACAAGAUCACUAGAGUUGGCCUUAGUUGUCUCUGUUGUUAAAGAAAACUUGCCAAUCCGCUUUAUGGACACCCUGACUAAAGUAUUGAAAAGCCAUGUGAAAGAUUCAAAAGCCGUGAAAAAAAAAACUUGUCUUGCUAGAUUGAUGCUGGCUAUUCAGAUUUACAUCACCGGCGAUCAGGAAACAAUUCGACAACUGAGGCAAGGACUCGUUCAUCGUUCACUUUUGAUGUUGGUGCUCUUGCUACGUUCGAUAUCACCAGCCGUGCGUCGCCGCUACCCAAAUCUUGAGAGUCUCGUCCUAGAUGGUGUUAUGACUCGAAAAGAGAAGCAGUCUUUCGAAUCGAUUGUUCCAGUUGUCAAUUUGUUUUGGGUACCUGCUACUUGGUUUGCGACAGCACUCCAGGACGCUUUCAGCGAUGGAAUGCUGACCAACGAAUACGGCACAAAACUCAUCAUGGAGGAAUUUUUAGAAUUUCGUGCCAACUGCGGUGCCCUUUGGAGCUACAACUGGGUUAGCAUUCCAAUAAUCUACACUCAAGUGUGCACGUUAUCCACGUAUUCCUAUUUCAUUGCCUGUCUCGUGGCCCGUCAAUAUACGGGUCCUAGUCAUCAAUCGCUCCAGGACAUCGACAUUGUCCUGCCUAUCGGUACAGUCAUGGAACUCGUUUGCUACGUCGGACUGCUCAAAGUGGCCGAACAGAUCAAAAAUCCUUUCGGUGAUUCCGACGAAGAUUUUGACCUCAACUUUCUCAUCACCCGACAUCUUCGAACAGUUCAUCUAGGACUGGAUGACUUGGACGUGAAUUGCCCGCCUUUGACGGACGCUAGUUCAGGAAAAGCGGCUUCCAAUGGAGCGGGUGAUAGUUUACAGCUGAUGCCGGGCCAGUUGCUGCAGAAUGAACGACACACGUCGGAACUUAUCAAGUACUGA